CAGUCAGUCGAAACGGAAUCGAGAAGAAACAAGGCAAGCAUUUCGGUUUGUGAGGCCGUUGCGGUCGUCCACGCGUGCUCCCGAGGUGGCGUAACCUGAGGUGAUUUGAGAUUCAAAAUUUUACAGUUGUGCUACUGCUGUGUGUGUCACCCUAAGGGAAAGGGAAAAAGGAGAAGGGGUCAAAGGUGUGGUUUGGCAUUUGCUAAUCGAUUUUUAAACUACCGGUGACCCGUGAUGAAAGUAAUAGCAGACCAAGACCUGUGGUGUGCCGUUGUGACCUAUUGAAAUCCAUCCAGUGCAAGUGCAAGUGCGUGUCUGCAAAUGCAAAUUUACAGUGAGAGGCGCCUGGUGUUUUUUUGUUUUCUACAACCAACGCCACAGUAACGCGGUAAAAGGCGCACGAGGCUUGACAGCGUGACCGCAGCAGCAGCAGUGUCGUUUGUGUUGUGCCAACUCGUGCAAAAACAAGAAAAGCCUUUCGGUGGGAUUGUUGAGUGGCGGAGGGUUAGGGGGUUUUGGGGGAGAGCGGAAACCGGUUUUUUCAGCCACCCCAGAGACAGCCCUUUCGAGCCCUUUUCUGGCAGUAGUGUCGACUCCCCCCAGCUCGUACGGGGAUCCAGUGUGUCAAUCUCGGGCAGACGUACUGCAGCCAUUAGGAAGCGAAAACAAACUAAAAACCACUCACAAAAAAAGACGCAACAAACAAACAAAACGAAUCAAACACGCACACACAAACUGUCUCGAGUGCGCUCUCGUUGUCUCUCUCCCUCCCUUCCAACACGCAACAGACGACCGGAGUGCGUGACGUAAGCGCGAACCCGUGUGUGCGCGCCAACCCGUUCGCGAGCAACCGCGCCCGGUCGCGCAAAACUGUGCGACGCGUCGUUCGUUGCGGCUGUGUCUUUUCGCUAGUGCAAUAUCCAGAUGUGUGUUUGUGUUUCCUAUACAUCAUUCAUAAAAUAUCGGCAGAAUUGCGUGCCUAGAGACGAACGCCAGCGUGUUGUGUUGUUGCGAUCGAAUGAUCUAACGGUGAAGCAAGCUGGAGAAGAUCAACUUCCUCUCUGUGGCGCACUGAUCGAAUACACUCUACCGGACCACCGUACCCGCUGUAGCUGAAAGUCGUUUCAUACGUCCUGGACCCCGGCGAGGACACAAGUGACCUCGAUCGACCGAACAAAAAAAAAUCAAACUUCUCGUGCCACACGCUUCACUAUCGCCACUAUCAGCAAAUUGCAAUUUGUGUUGUCGAAAAUCAAGCACCCCCCCCCCCCCCCCCCCCUUUCAACACGGAUUUUAGAUUUAUCGGUCAAAAUAGACGGUUACCACCCCUUAGUACGAACUCACCCCUCAAGUGGCAGGAAAUCCACGAAUCACAAUUCCAACGGACAGACACUCGUUUGAAGUGAUUUGACGUGCGGGCGGUGGGUGUGUGAGAGUGGGUUUUUUUUUCGUUGUUCGCGUAAAACCGCGUGCAAAGGUCGAACACCCCCAUUUGUAGGGGUAGAAUCCGCUCGGCCGCCGCGGGACCACCGUCAUUAGUCUGGAAUCGCCGGAAUCGAUAACAUCGCGCUCGUGCUAUCGCGCUUGUUUCAGCGAGUUUGUGCGCGUAGGCGAGUUUCUAACGCGUCGCAGAGAGAUCCAAGCGGUUGCACUGGACACCAUGACUAUUUCAGCAAUCCCACCCCCAGAGCCCGUCUGGUGUUUGGACCGGCGGGACUCGGGCCAUCUGUUCUGGCGCCGGGAGUCCUCCAAGGUGAAGUUCCGCUACGAUGUGGAGGUGCUCGAGUUCACCAAAGACCCGUACGAGGAUCAGCUGCUCAUCACGGACAGUGAGCUGAGCAGGGCGAAACAGCAACAGCAGCAGGCCGGUGCCGUCUCAAACAUGAUCGUCGUUUGUGUGACGUGUGUCGCGGCCAUUGCCGUUACGGUAGUGCUGCCCUGGUUCCUGAUCGGAUCGGCUUGAGCAUUGGUCUUGAAUAUUCCCACCCCCCACACACACACCCACUAUGUCAUUGUGCGCAGUGGGGAACAGUGUGUGUGUAUGUGAGUGAAGAGUGUUGUGAAAAGCAUGUGAAUCGCUUGGAAGGAGGUUCCCUCCCUACCCAAGCACACCACAAUUGUGAUAGCUGUCCCUAGCAGAAAGAGUGAGAAAGUGGUGUGAAACAAAACGGAGUCUACGAAAGUGUUAGGGACAUUUUUUCUCCAAAACAAUUUUUACAAACGCUAGCCCGUAAGAUAGAUAGAGCUGUCCAACACGUACUAACCGAGCAAAAUCCCGCCUCAACAUGGUGUAAUAAUAAGGUCCAGUUGAAUUGUGUAAAUAGAAGCUCUGAUUCACGCUGAUACUGAUAAGGUAAAGAAGGGUUGUGAUAAAAUGGCAAACCCAGCUUUAGCGCGCUACGAUACGAUACGCACCGAAUUACUAGAGAAGCAAAUGUAAUGUAUUAAAGCUUAGUUAAAUGUGAUGUUUGCGCACGCAACAGCAGACGUAGAAGCAACAAAACACACACACACAAACUACAAACCAAUAGGGGGAGAGCGCGAGCGCGCAAAAUUGUUCUUAGUGAGUUACAAAAGUUGCACCUGGUUAGUGGUUAAGUGCGAUUUGUGCUUUUUUUUAACACGCAGAUGGUGUCAGGGAAAGGCAAUUACAUUUUACAACGAACAAUAAAGGUUGUAUUACAAACAUAA